UAAGUGGCGUUUGUGCUUUUGUAUAUAGUGAAAUAUAAAUGCAAUGAAUGUUAUAAAUAAUAAAGUAUAAUUUUUAACAACUAUGGUACUGCUCAUUCUUCUGGAACAAUUAUGCAUCCCAUCCAUUAUUUAUGGCUGGUUGAAUUCUUUUUGGAACACCCAUGGAAACAAUGGGAAGGCUCUAGGCUAGCCGCUCAUGGUUAUAUGUGUAGUCACAGGAUCAAUGUAAAUGAAUGUAAACAUGGCAAAUUUUGAAAACGAAGGGAGUUCAUACAUAGAAGAAUUAAACAAUAAUAAUGUUAGUACUGGAGGAGAAAAUUCUCAGGAUUCUCAAGAAGAAAUCGAAAAUAAUACCCGUACCGAUGAAGAACACAAAGAAAAACUAUCAAAAUUACCAUUAGGUCGAAUUAAAACAAUUAUAAAAAUGGAUCCUGAAGUGAACAUGGUUAACCAAGAAGCCGUUUUUCUAAUUGCGAAAUCAACGGAAUUGUUUAUUGAUUCACUUGCUAAAGAAUCUUAUAAACAUACUGCACGAAUGAAAAAAAAAACUAUACAAAAACGAGAUGUAGAAAGUGCAAUUAAUAAUGUUGAUGCACUUGUAUUUUUAGAAGGCACUCUCAAAUGACACUUGUUGACAGAAAUUUUAUGUCUAAUAUAACAUAAUAAUAAUAUUAUUUUUGUAUCUCUGUAAAAGAAGUUGUAUUUUUAUGAUAAAAAAGACAAUUAAUAAAUAUUGUGAAAUAUUUAAAUGUUAUUUCAAUUUUUGUGAUAUAUAUAUAUAUAUAUAACAAAUGUACAAGAGUUGAACCAGUAGGAGAUAUUGUUGAGUACAAUUCGUAAAUGAAAAUGAUAUUCAAACUUCAUUGAAUUAUGCUGUGUUAAUUUAAUUACAAUAAAUAAAGUUUUUGGAUAAAAGAUACAAAAAGUUCAUAGAAAUUACAUAAAGGCAUUUUAUUAUGAAUUUUGAAAGACAAAGACAUAGUUUUUAAUUUCUUUGUGAAACAGAGACAACGGUAUUGGCUGAAAAUAUUUAAUUAUAUUUAUACUAAUAUUUAUAGGCUGUAUGUCUAAUGUGUAUGUUUUUAUUGUAAAACUCAUUGAAUAGACAUUCAUAUGAUUUCAUUUGCAUAUACAAAGAAUUGCACAAUUUUAUUAUAAUACAAAUAAAAUGUAUAAAUAAAACUUUUUAAUAACGUACAGAUUAAUACAUUUUUUUAAAUCUUGAUUGAAAAUGUCAAAGAAUAUUCACAUGAAAUUGAGUAUUUUAAACAUUUCUAUCUGCUACGUAACUUAUGGAUAAUAGAAAAAAAUCAGUCUUACUUCAUGUAUGCCAAUCAUGUUUAGUUUUUAUAUGCUACCAAUUACAAAUGUUCAGAGAUCAUAACUCAUAGUAAAUAAUAGUGAUAUAGAAACAUAUGUCAAAAGAUACAGAUUACUACUUGUAUAAUAUAUACAUCAAUUACAUGCGGAGGUUACUAUUAUAACUUUAAUCAAAAAUUGAACAAACUUAAAACAUUAUCAAAUUUAUAUAAUAUGUAAUACAAUUUUUUAUUAUUUAUUUUUAUUUUAAUAUUUAUUAUUUGAUUAUGUUUACAGAAAUAGAGACACCCGGUCCGGUAGAAACACGUG